ACUGCUCUUUUUGUUAAAUUUUAAGUUAACCAUAUUCCGUGAUGCUAAAAUGAGUCGUAAAUAUUUUAACAUCAGCCCAAGAUAUUUUUGGCGGGAGAUUUUGACAUUUUAAUUUCCAUGCAAGAUGAAUCGGUCGCAAACAAACGUGUUGAUUGUUGGAUCAGAGGGGACAGGAAAGCAUGAUAUUUCGAACUGCCUGUUAGAUAUCGGACAUGCCAUAAAUCUCAGAGUAUUGACAUGUAAGUGCCUUCCAUUACCUGAGGAUAGAGAUUUCGCACAGGAAAAUAUUCAGUUUGUGUGUUUUGUAAUGCAUAUGUCAAACAAAGACAGUAUGAAGGCCCUGAUUGGUAGUAUAGGACAGAUAGAUGUUUCAUACUUCGUAGGAAGAUCUGUAAUUAUUGCUAACACAAAAGGACUUUGUACAGAUGAAGGUAUUUCCAGGACUGAGCUGAAGAAUCUUGCUACAAGAUGUGACAUACAGGUCUUAUUCUGUGAUACUGAGGAUCCUGCUGAGAAGACGGACCUAUGUCGAAAGUUGAUGAAAAUGAUCGAAACUGCUGCUGGCUGGAGAAAAAAUGUAACACCACUGCUUUAUGAUACAAUUCAGACUUUGCCUGAAACAGACAGUAGUAUAGCCUCUAACAGAAAAAUGAGUGCAGAAAACCCUGUGUUUAGCUGAUCAAGAAUAGUGUUAGGUCUGUGAAAUUAAGGCUACUUUUACAAAGUGACAAUAAAUGAAAUGAUUAUUUGC